GGUGGCUUGCCACAGUUGGGACAGCUUGUUUGCUCUACAUAUACAAUAAUCAUCCUUGGUACCUUCAGCAAUAGAACAGUAGUAGUUGUUCUAAGAAGAGGAAGAAUGGCAUUUGUCGUGGACACAGAACAAGGGGCCACUGGACCAAGCUUGAUUUCAUAUGCCAUGCAAGGGAAAUGGGAAAAAGUUGUAGAUAUAUGCAAGGAAGAUCCGUGGGCUCAUGAUGAGAAGACCGCUACAUCAGGGGACACGGCAUUGCAUAUAGCAGUAUCAGAUGGCAGAGAAGAUGUAGUGGUAAAACUAGUCCAACUGAUGGCCCAUCGCAACGUGUAUCUGAUUAAUAUAAAAAAUGAUCGGGGGAACACCCCUCUCCAUUUGGCGGCGUCAGUAGGCAACGUUCGCAUGUGCAAGUGCAUAGCUGCUGAGUAUCCAGAACUGGUGGGUGUUCGCAACAAUGAAAAUGAGACCCCUCUCUUCUUAGCAGCUCUCCAUGGCAUGAAAGACGCUUUCCUUUGCCUCUCUAACAUAUGUAGCAGUACUGCUAACAACAAAGUGCAUGAGUACCUUCGGAGGAGUGAUGGAGAAAAUAGUCUUCACUGUGCCAUCACCGGAGAAUACUUCGAUUUGGCAUUUACAAUUAUUCAUGAGUAUCCUGACCUCGUCAAUUAUGUCGAUGAGAGAGGAAUCUCCCCUCUCCACCUCCUUGCUUCUAAGGCUACUUUAUUCAGAAGCGGAACUCGACUGAAUUGGUUCGAUGAAAUCAUUUAUCUUUGUGUGCCUGUCAAAAAGCUCCUUCCACAGAAAUAUGAAGCUGACGAGAACCCUAACCAUACAGAGAAUUUCUAUAUAUUAACCAACUUAUGGAACAUGAUCAAAGCAUCAGGUAAACAAUCAAGCCAUAACGCUCGAAGACAAGAGCGGCCUCAUCCAAAUUAUUAUGGCAUUUGCUAUGAGAACUUCAUCAAGCUUGUAGCUAAAGCAUGGACAUUGCCGGCUGUUAUAGUUGGAUCAAGACAUAUAAAUAAGAUAAAAGAGAAGAAAGAAAAGCACACAUGUGGAAGUAUUCCCCAGCUCUCACAACCGAGAUCUGGAGAAACAGUACCUUAUGAUCAAAUUGACCCAACAUCACAUUGGAUGGUACCAGGAAAACGUUAUAAAAAAGUUUUUGAUCAGGAAACAUCACUCUUGGCAUAUUAUGGAGAAGCAAGCCUUGAUGAUAGUGAGUCUGAGGAAGAGCCAAGGCCGAAGGCUUCUGCACAUCAUUCUUCAGAAAUUAAACAGAAGGAAGAAGCAUUGAAGAGAACUUGGGGGAUGGGAAAAAGGAAGUCACCAGUAUUAAUUGCAGCAGAGAAUGGCAUCAUAGAAAUGGUGGAGAAGAUCCUUAAACUUUUUCCAGCAGCCAUUCGCCAUGUAGAUUCAGACCAGAAGAAUAUAGUGCUGUUGGCAGUGAAGAAUAGACAAACCAGUGUUUAUGAGCUAUUACUCAAUCGGAAACCUCUGGAAGAAAGUGCAUUUCGUAUGGUUGAUAGUGAGGGGAACAGUGCAUUACAUCUUGCAGCAACUUUAGGAGAUUAUAGGCCAUAUCCCUUUGCAGCUUUGCAAAUGCAAUGGGAGAUCAAAUGGUAUAAGUACGUGAAGAAUUCUGUACCAAGACAUUUCUUCAUUCGCUACAACAACAAGAACCAGGUCCCCAAGGAGAUCUUCACAGAAUCACACAAAGAACUUGUAAGAGAAGGAGGCAAAUGGCUAAGCAACACCUCAAAUUCAUGUUCAGUAGUAGCAACACUUGUUACAACCGUAGCCUUCGCCACAACAGCCACUAUACCAGGAGGCUUCAAGGAAAAUAGCAGCGAACCUACCCUUGAACACCAUCCGGGAUUUCUGGUCUAUGCAAUUUCAUCCCUCAUUGCUCUAUCCUUUUCAGUCACCUCUGUGGUCACUUUUCUGGCAAUUCUAACAUCUAGAUACCAAGUGAAAGAUUUUGGUAGAGGGUUGCCGCGAAAGCUAUUGCUAGGUUUAACAUCUCUCUUUAUAUCCAUAGGAGCUAUGUUGGUUUGCUUCUGUGCAGGGCACUUUUUCCUACUAAAAAAUGUACUGAAACAAACUGCAUUCCCCGUGUAUGCAGUGGCGUGCCUCCCAGUAACAUUUUUUGCGGUGGCACAGUUUCCCUUCUACUUUGAUCUCAUAUGGGCCAUCUUUAAGAAAGUGCCACAGCGUACUAUCUAUGGUUAGUGGUUGAAAUGUAAAUAAUUGCAGUUGUUUUUCUCCC